AUGCCGCUGCCUGGGGGCAUCACUGAAGGGUUUGCUGAGGAUGACGCGGACAAUUUCGUGCCAACCAAGGCCCGGUCCGAAUUCAACUUGCAGCUCGGCAAAAUUAGCCAGCAAGCUGAGACUCUGUGGGUGAAGGUGAGGAGGGGCGACCACGUGAUUAAGGUCUGGGCGCGCAUCGUGCCUCUUAAGGGCUCAAUGCUCCAGAGGAAGUUCACAUUCCAAGCAGCUACGGACGAUAGACGUGGUGGCGAACACGCCGUCGAGGCCACUACAACCCGGUCCAUGGCCUGGUUCUCUGCAUCAGUGUCCUCAGGAAUUCCUCUUAUCUUUGUCAACAUCCAAACCGAACAGAUCAUCACGUCAGUAAACUCUCUUCUGUUGAGAUUCUUCGAGCUCUUGAGAUCUGUUUAUGAUUAUAGCACCUUCAAGUUGAUAUAUCUUCUAACUCUUGGCAUUGGUUUCAUCUGCAUCUCCUCCAUGACCACAGGAUCUGCAGCCGAUCGCGCCGGGCUUGGACGCAUCCAUAAGGAGGUAAAUGCAGCUGGGCACCUGCUUGUGGUCUCGAGAUUAGAAGGCAAAAGCCAAAUGCCUUCGAAUGCAUGCUCUGAAGGGCUAAUACCCUGCUGUGAACACGGCGACAUCAGAGAAGUCCUCACCGCAACCACUGACGCGAUGGAUAGGAUCAAAAUCCACAUCAUGGGGUGGCCAAACCAAACCCAGCUAAUACAUUCCAGCAAUGGGCGCAGCGGCUCUCCUUCCUCCUAA